UUCCACUCAGUACCGGCUCGACCUUGGUUUCGCCUCUGUGUUGCUUCCACGCCAAACGGUUUCUUUAGUUUCAACGCAAAUUUCUUCUCGCCUUUCAACUAUAGUCAGUUUCGCCAAGUUUGAUAAGCAUCCGGGCAAAGUCACGUUGGAUCAGUUUUCACCGGGUUCGAUUAAUUGUUAGUUCUUCCGUUUGCUAGCCAUCGCCCGGAACGUUAGCAAUUUGACGAAGUAGCUCCGUCCUAUUUGACGUAGCGAAAGAGUCCUGAUUAAAAGUCUGUAUUGUAUUUUCUAUUUCUGAUUGAAAUCCAUCGGUAUUCAAUUGUUUUAAUUAACGUGAUUUAAUAACGCCAGACGUGAAAUUUCCUUCCGGUUUCUUUAGUUUCAACGCAAAUUUCUCUUCGCCUUACAACUCAAGUUUGUUUCGCUCUGUUCGAUGAGUAUCCGGGCGAAGUCACGCGUACUUUGAAUCAGUUUUCGCCGGGUUCGAUGAGCCACAGCAGUUUGAUAGUUCUUCCUUUUUAUAGCCACCACCCGUAACGUUAGCAAUUUGACGAACUCGUUCCGUCCAAUUUGACGUCGCAAAAGAUUCCUGAUUCACACACUGUAUUUUCUAUUUCCAAUUAAACUCCAUCGGUAUUCAAUUGAUUUAAUCACUCAAGACACAAUUAAAUACACCGGUACCGGUGUUUCGGUAGUUAAGCUAAACCACCUUUGCGUCGAAUGGAUAAUGAACCUCCAGGUGGAAAUUCCAAGACUUGAAGCUUAGUUGGGUAUUUCUCCUCGGUUCUUCGGUCUUCAGGUUCGAUAAAAGUAGCGUCGGCACCAUUCCGUCGACGACGAGGAUGUCGACGCCUGAGCGGCCGCGCUACAAGCGCAAGUUCGGCGGUUUCGUCCUGCCCAAGUGGAACGACGCGCAGACGGCCAAGUUCUUCCGACUGUACGAGAAGCACCGCUGCCUGUGGGACAUGCGGGACCCGGACUACCGGAACAUGGAGGUGCGGGCGCAGGCCUACCAGGACAUGGUCCUCAAGAUGGGCAUGAACUGCAGCGAGGAGAUCAUCAAGCGGAAGAUCAAGAACAUCCGCACCAUCUACGCGCGGGAGCUCAAGGAGGUGAAGCGCACCAGGAAGGCCGGCUGCCCGGACCGCGCCUACGUGCCCACCCUCAGCUGGUACCACGAGGCGGACCGCUUCUUGAGGAAUAUCGUCAGCGAGAGACCAUGCAGGCACGAUGAGGACGACCAGACGCAAGAAGCGACGGAGCAUCAGGAGGAGUCGAUGGACGACGGACAAGGGGACUGUCUGCCCUCGGAGCUUUUGGAGGGCGAGAUGAUCGAGGAGGAGGACGAGUUGGAGGAGUACGAGCCAGCGAUGAGGCAGCAGACCCCUUUGCGACUUGGGAGUAGCCUCAGUCACCACAGCCACGGCAUCCGAUCCCAGAGGCGCUCUAAGCUCCACCCUCGCCGCGGCCCAUCCAGACUGGCGCGCCCCUCCAGCUCAACCGUCGCCCAAAAAGCCCUCUCCAGGAUCUCGCAAAUUACCAAUACCUCCAAUCAGAUGGACGACGAGUUCGCGAUGUUCGGGAAAUUGGUCUCCUCGCAGCUCCGCUCGAUGCCGCUGGAGCGAGCCAUCGUCGCGCAGAGUAAAAUCCUGACGUUGCUCACGGAGGAGCGGGUCCAGUGGCUCUCCGAAGUGGAGCAGGAGAAGCAUGUCAGCACCAUCGUCCACAUCGGUGGUGACGGCCACGAGUACAUGGAGCUCCACCAGGAGGAGAGCCAAGAACACGAAGAGCAGGAGGAAACCAGCCAAUUGUAGUAGCUCCGCCAUACCAUCCCAAAUUGGAGGUCCUUCAUGCGUCAGGGAUUUAUGUUUUAAGUACUUUUUCUAAUGUCAAACUUCGCGAGGAACACGAUCGUGCCAUUGAUUUCCUAGAGCCGAACUCCAAAGCUCUAAAAAAUGAGGUCAUUGUGGAGAAGAUAUUUCUCGCUAUACCCUAAGAGUCAACCCUCAAUAUCCAUUCAGAUUUUCCACGCACAGAUAGGGAGCAAAUAAGAUAGCAGGGAAGAUGCCUUGGUUCCAAUAUUGGAGUCUCAAAGAAAGUGGCAACCCUCUGAAUGUGUUUGCUCCAUAUCUUUGCGUGGAUAGUUCAACUGGAAGAGGUGAACUCUCAGGGUAAUGUGGGAUUUUCCCUUCAUUUCGACCUCAACUUUAAGAAUUUUUUCCGAGCUUCGGAGUUCGUUUUAGAGACGCCAUCGUGUUUCUUGCGAAAUUUUACGAAAGGAUCGCCUAAAUCGCAAAUCACUCACUCGUGCAAGAGCUCCAUUGCCACAGGCUCAUCGGGCACGAUCAAUGCACUUAAAUAAGAGGGAGGUCCAAAGGUCGGUGCACAUGAUGGGGAAAAAACUGUGUAGAAUGUGCCCAAUAUGACACCACAGAGAAGCAAAGUGUCAAAUUUCGGAUUUUUUUACCUAAUUUUAAACGGAGGAUCAAAAAGGCUUAUACUUCCUCCUUUUUCCCUGACUAUUGACACAGAAUUGUAUGCCCUCACUUCAAAUUAGGCUUUCUCAAGAAAACGUGGUCGGCAUACUCCCAGGUUUCUGCCUCGCUUCUUCGUCAAUAUUUGAGUAGAAACUUCCUCUUUUUGUGUGAAAUUUAGAGAUAUCCGAAGAAAUUCAAAGAACUUUGAAUUUAUAUCAAUUUUUACACGUCUGAAAUUAUGUUACGCGUACCAGUUUUAGUUUUGAAAAGAGAGUACACUAUUUUUACCGUAAGAUUCGCCUAAUUUUCGACAAGGUAAAUGAUUUGGAAAUUCGACAUAUUCUUCUUAAGUCUGUCAGUCCAAAAAGGUAAUGUUUGUUUUUCGAGGUAUCCUUCUUUUACAAGUAAACCCUAUUUUUUUUUCAAUCAAAGGAGGUUGCAUUUUCAUAUUCUUCCUGAGAGUCUGAUGAAGAUAUUUUUUUAAGUCUUAAUUUACUAUUUUCCUUUUAAUUCCUCCGCUUAAGCACUUGUCUUGUCACUACACCGUGACAUUGAGUUAUCUAUAUCAUUCAACUAAACCAUAUAACGGCAAGUUUCACCAUUUUGUGAGUCCGUUGCUGUGUUAUUUAAUAUUGCAAGCACGCAGAAUUUAUUUUUUGUAUGAUACAUUGAAUGUUGUGUCUUGUACAUGAAAUUUCUUGUGGAUUUAUGUUAUUUUGUAAAAUAAUAAACUAUUUUUAUUAUGUUCA